AUGCUUCGAGAUCUGGAAAAUUUUGACAAUGCUUCUCGCGGAGUAAAAGGAUGUUUAUGGUUCCUUUCGACUGCAAGAUACGGUCAUAUCGCAUCGCUGGGUGCAGUUGUUACCAUACUGGCCCUUGGAUUUGAUACCUUCGCCCAGAACAUUCUCGGCACACAGUACCAUGAAGUGCCUCAGCAAAACCUCCGAUCAGUUGGACUUAUACCCCGGAGCGAAAUAUAUAAUGCAUCAAACAAAAUCCAAAACUGGUUCAAAGAGGGACUGAACUUCGACAUGAAAGCUGCAAUAUCCAGCAGUGCUCUUGGGUUAAAAGCGUCUGCACCUUCACCUGCCUGUUCGACUGGCAAUUGCUCUUGGCCUUUAGUGCCAAGCUUAGCCAUGUGUGGCUCCUGUGCUGAUGUCACCGCAAAGCUCAAGAGCAACUGUACUUCUGGAUACUGUCAGUACUACCUACCGGAUGGGAUGGUGCUACAGGGGCCAAAAGCCGGUGUAUCGGAGGCAAAAAUUCAAACCUUUGCGACGACCUUAUUCAAGGUCGGCCAAACAACUUCCGGUCAGGUGUAUAGCGACGUCCUUAAUAAACCUGGUCGCAUAUAUGCCGCACGGUUCUCGGCCAUAACCACCUGGGUCCAGGAGAGAAAUCCUGGAGACAGCCUUGCCGCUACCGAAUGCGCCUUGUGGUUUUGCAUACAAGCGUAUAAUACAUCGAUCCUUUCUGGUAUUCACCAUGAGUCCGUGGAAAUGGAAUAUGAUAUGGCGACAUUUCUGGAUCCUCAGAAUCUCCUCAGAUCUGGUCCAGGAGGACCGAACUUCACAGGUAUACCAGAUAAGUUUAACAUCUCUGAAGGCACCGUAUUUGGACCAUCAUACAAGGUGAUUGAAGCCUUGAACGAUUCCAUUUCUGAACAGGUUUCAGGAAACGUAACUUGGAGCGGGCAUUAUGGUGCCUUCCAAUAUAGUUCCGACAGGCCCAAAGCCUUUGGAAUGCGCGCAAAGAUCUGA